ACCGGAAAUACCGGAUGAAAGCUGGCCAAAAAUAAAACACCCGACGGUGCCUCGCACGGCAGGAAGCCAUGAAAAACAAACAAGCUACCUUCUCGGGUUAUGUUAUAGUCGGCCCCAUCUCAUUAAGCGCUUUACAUAUUGUUUCGGACGCUCACGGUAUAAAAAAAAAAUCCACGAAAGAUGGACGAGGAGUUUUCCGAUAUACAGGGAAGGAAGCUCACGCUCCAGCAGCGAUCGUACAGCCGCACGUGUAGAGAAUUUAACAUCACCUGUCCUAAACUCUCACUACGAUCGCUAACCACCUCAACGUGCACGAUAUGGUUAAUAGCAUAUGCGAUCUUCGCGUACACGCAGAACAAUAUAGUCUUGUCUGCUGCCAUUUUGUGCACCUUUAUUGGUCUGCUUUUCUACCUUCAUUUUGUGAAGAUUGACCAGGAAUCAUUGCUGGUUAUUGGCUCUUUGGGGAUUCAGAUGACAUUAUCGUUUGCAUCAGGCAAAGAAAGCACAGAAUGUAUUGAAAUACACAGAGUGAAGGAUGUUGUCAUUAAUGAAGCCAUCUUUAUGCAAAAGGUGAUCUACUACUUGUGCAUUCUACUUAAAGAUCCUUCUGAUCCAAAUGGUAUUUCAAGUAUUGUACCAGUCUUUCAGAGCUCGAAGCCUAAGCUGGACUGUUUAGUUGAAAUUUAUAGGAGUUGUCAAGACAUCUUAUCUCAGAAGGAACCUGUGGAAAUUUUGAACAAAUAAUACAGAAAAUGCUUUUCACAUAAUU